AUGUCUACUGCAUCUACACUUUACUUUAUUAUGUAUUUGUCAAAUAACGAAAAAAAAGUGAAUUGCUCAAAAUGUCAUGAAAAAUUGAACAUUUAUUAUCAGCUUUGUUCUAUCUGUGAUCUCCCCCCAUGGAGUAGCAAAAAUAAAAAAAUUGAUGAAAUUAUCAAAGAAGCUCAACUUGAAAUUAUCAAAAAAGCUCAAUUUGAAAUUUGGCUCGAGUGGGUUGAGUAUGAAGAAUUUGGUGAAAUAGAAUUAAUUGCUGAAGGCGGUUUUGGCAGCGUAUCAAAAGCAAUUUGGAAUUCGGGCUAUGUAAUUAGUUUCAAUAGAAAUCAAAGGAAAUUAGUUCGAGCAGGUCCAAGUCCCGUUGCACUAAAGAUGCUAUUCAAUUCAAGUAAUGCAAAUUGUAAUACAAUUCAAGAAAAAUCUGAAAUUCAUGAAGGUGCGGUGUACAAGAGUAGAUCAAUCUCAAAAAUUAUCGAAGCAACGGGGCUUACUUCUAUGCAGAUUACCAGAUUACCGGAUGACAUAUACGUCACGCGACAAUUCGAACUGUCAUUGUAA